UCGACCCUGUGGAUACUGGUGAUAUUUAUAUGCCAAUGGUGCCUGUGCAACGUGAUAUUGACAUCUAGGAUGGAUUAUGGAAACGUAUCAAGUGGGGCUGCACCUCUUUGACUGGACGCUCAGCUGGGAUAAUCAUUGAGUGAACUCAGAAAUGGGCAGUGGUGGAGUUGGUGAGAUACCAACAAUAUUUCAUCCUAGAAGAUCCAGAGCACCCAGUAUAGUCCUUAGCGAGGAUCAACGGAACAACGGUCCUUACGCAAGUCCUGUGCAAGUCGUUCUAGACACAUCUGGUUGUGAACAGCAAGGUUGCAGUACAGCAGUAACAUGUGGUGAUUCUGGAUCGAGCUGUAGGUCAGUAGAAACAACUGGCUCUGGGGUUGGCAGCGGUGGGGGUGGUCCUGGAGGUCCAGGUGGAGGUGGUCAGAUACAAGGACAAAGUCAAGGUCCAAGUACACCCUCGUGCCUCAUAAGUAACCCUGCCGUUAAUUACCAACAUCCACAAAGCUCAUCAUCCUCCUGCUACGCGUCCUGCUGUGCGGAAUCCGCCAAAAAGAUAUAUUUUGGAGUAUGUGUUACUAUAUGUGUAACUGCUAGCUGGGUCGGUGCUACUCACUGUAUUAGAUAUUUAUUCUUUCGCAAACCAGAGAGUAUUGAGUAUUCGCCAUCAUUGAAUUCAUCAGUGACUGGACAUCCUCAUCACCAUGUGCUUCCAUACAAUGCUCCGUUCUUCACAACGUGGUUUUGUACAAACUGGGCUGUACUGUACUUCCCAGUGUACUUUAUCUGCAGAGCUGCUAGGACCAAGUGCUCUAACCCCUCGGAAAUCGUUGCGGAAAGUCUGCGAGGAUUUCGAGAUAAAGGCUUCACUGGUGGACGCUUCUUGACCAGGUGCAGCCUCUUCUGCGGACUCUGGGUUGCCACUAAUUACAUGUAUAUUCAUUCUCUGAGAAUUUUAUUGGCUACUGAUGUUAUGGCACUCUUUGCCACCAACGUGUCCUGCGUCUAUCUUCUGUCAUGGGUCAUUUUGCAUGAACAGUUUGUUGGUGUAAGGAUAGUAGCAGUCAUUCUGUGUGAUACCGGAAUUGCCCUCUUAGCUUAUAUGGAUGGCAUCACAGGAAGUCCAACUUUGGGUGGAGUCGUUUUGGCAGCUUCUGCUGCUGCAGGAUCCGCCGUUUAUAAGGUCCUGUUUAAGAAAGUUAUAGGCGAAACGACGUUUGGUCAGGUGUCCUUAUUUUUUUCACUCAUCGGCUUGUGCAAUGCUGCAUUACUGUGGCCCGUGUGUUUGGCUCUGUACUUCUCGGGCGCAGAAAGUGUUCAUUGGGCGAGAUUACCAUGGGCAACAUUACUUGCAGCCAGUAUUUUACAUUUAGUUGCUAAUAUGCUGGGCAACUUCAGUAUCGCAUUGACCUAUGAUCUCUUCAUCACCCUGGGAUUAAUCACAGCUGUACCAGUAUCUGCCGCCCUGGACGUGGUUCUGUAUGGAGCCCAUUUUGUGGGAAUGAAGUUGGCAGGGAUGAUCCUCAUUGCUGUUGGAUUCUUCCUCGUGAUGUUUCCGGAUAACUGGCCCGAUUACAUAACGAGACUACUUCGAAACAUAGUCAUCAUGAGUCACAGUACAAGAUGGAGCAGGAGACACAGGCACGGGGUGCCAGGCGGUACAUCACGUGACGUAAUUGAUUAUCGUACCGGAUAUAUAAAGUCGCAUCUUCGUUCGCCUUCCGGAAGGGUUCGGUGACCGAGUCCAUUGUUGUCAUCUUUCACUAUCAAAUGCAUAGCCGAUCUUGAUUUCUCGAUGAUCUGGUCCACGUCUAGUGAAUUAGGUAGCGCGAGUAUGUUUAAUAUAGAGAUGAAAAUUGACAAUAGAGUCAGAAUUAUAUCAUAUUGUCAGCCGCUGCUGUGCGGUGGUCUGAGUCUUCUUGUUAAAUGUACACAGGAGAUUGAAUUCUUCUUGACAUAUUGUUCAGUCAAUGCGUUUCCGGAAACAGGGAUGAUCGACGUUUAUGAUGAUGGCUGAGGAAAUACAAGGACAUAUUUAUAUGAGUUGAUACAAGGUGGUUGUGAAAAUAUAUAGCUACAAUAUCUCGUAACUUUUCAUGACGUUAUAAUAAGAGUACAAUUCUGUCGAUUUUCUUCAAUUUUUUUAUAAUGUAAUAGCGACCUUCGAUCAAAGGACUUAUUGUUUUUUUAAUGGAAACGUUCUAUUCUGGAACAGCCGGCUAUUAUUUGAAGACUCGAAUUCGUACCUGUGCAUGCAUAGCGAAUAUUAUGUUUAAAUAAGGGAUGCAAGAUUUCAGUAAUUAACCCCUUCGACGGCACUGACGCUAUGUGGCGUAAUGUCGUUCUUUUCAGUAAAAUAUUGGAUUCAUUUUGAAUUUUAGAAUUUUUACUUCGAAUUUGUAUUUAGCGAACCCAAAAAUACCUUAGAUUCCAGUUGUUGAAAUUCAGUUACAUUUUUUUUGUCCACUGGAAUACAAACUGAUUCAAUUCUGUUUGUCGUCGAAGGGGUUAAACGCAAUUUUCUCAGUUGUGUGCCAGGUGUCGUAUGUAUCUUAUUAUUAGACAAUUACAAGACUCGUAAAUAAUCUUAGGGAGACUUGUAAUUGAUAUUUAGUACAUUUUAACGUACAACCAUCUAAAAAUAAUUAAUUUGAAUUGUUCAUCAGGUGUUCAUAGUCGUCAUUUAAGUGUAAUAAGAUUAUUCACGAUUUCUUACGUUGAUGAGGAGAUUCAAAAAAUGUAUUGCUCAUUCGGAUUAUAAAUUUUAUUAUGUUUCACAGAUUUGGAAUAGUUAAAGAGAAAUACGUGUUAUUAACUAAAUACAUUAUAGUUAAGACUACACGCGAAGUAACAUCCUAUAUAUAUAUUAUUUUUCUCAAAGAUAUAUUCUCAACGGUUAUAAUAUUUCAAUAUAGCUGUCAAUUAUCCGACAAGAGACUAAUGCGGGUGUUAUUAUAUUUGUCAGUAUAAAUAUCGUUACUCUAGUGUAUCUCAUCGAGUACAAGAAUAUACGUGAUUCAUCGUUAAAUAUCUAAGGUGGAUUCUAGUUAUGGUAAAACUAAUUUAUUAUGAGAGAAAAUCGAACUUGAACAGAAACUGAUUAUCAUUAAGAUGAUAAACAGGCAUGGUCGGUAGGUAUGAACACUCACUGCCAUACCGCGCCCUAUGAAGGUAAGGACCAAACACUUCAAUAUAGAAAGGAGGAGUCAUUCCCCUCGCAGCAAGAAGGCUUAGACAGAGCGUGGAGGGGAAACGUGAAAUUAUGGAACACCUCUUUAAGAAAAGUUGACUGUAUUACCGUAUCAGACCUUGUGGGAGGAAUAAGUGAAAGGUGUUUCCAGUACAUGUUCGUGAUUUUAUCUCGCGACUUCAUUCCUGCUGAAGACAGUACGGGCGUACUAUCUGAAUU